AUGAUUACGAAAUUCAUGACCGAGGUCACGGCCAAAUUCAAUCCCUUCUCGACCUGCGCCAAGCCCGCCCGCUUGUUCCUGACGUUUCUCCCGCCGGACGUGCGAAUGAAUGGAACGGCCGUCCAUACGAGUUUACUGCCGAGAAAUUCCCCAGAGAGCAGCUCAUUAAAAGUCAAAUUCAAGGACGGCAAGGAGAUGGACUUCAACUGCUCCAAAAUCAACAUCAAGGGCUUAGUCGAGGAAGUUGACCGUCACUCGCGCCAAUUGCAAAAGGCAGCUGAUCUGUCCGAAUAA